ACAAUGCGUCGUGCACGAGUGUUUCGGUAGCUCUUCGAUUGUGUAAAUAUUGUACAAGAUACGGUGUCUCUGUCUGGUAGUUUGCUUUCAGACAGGUUCAUCAACCUGGCGUUGAAAGCUGUACCGUCCCCGAGGGUCGCCUCAUCCGAGAUAGUCACAUGCAAUUGGCGUAAUGCCAGAGCAAGGACAGCAUCAUCGCGCUUGUCGAAUUUUCUGGCAUAAUUCGGGUCGUUUCGGACGACAUCGAUGGCACGCUGGCAUUUCGCCGUGUUCAUCUUUCUGGCCUAUCCGACGACACAAUGCGUCGUGCACGAGUGUGUCGGUAGCUCUUCGAUUGUGUAAAUAUUGUACACGAUACGGUGUCCCAUGUCUGGUAGCUUGCUUUCAGAUAGGUUCAUCCACCUGGCACUGAAAGCCCCACCGUCCCCAAGAGUCGCCUCAUCCAAGAUAG